AGAUAGAAUUUUGGGGGCUGGUUUAAUUUGUGUUCACUAUGUCUGCCGAAUUACAACAGUUGAUCUUGUUACAGAGUCAGCAAAUACAAAGUCUGGUGGACGCAAUCGCCAAACAAGCGGCUAAUCCACCACCACACAAGGAACAAGCACAGGCAGCACCGCCUUUUCGUGCUUUUGAGGCAUCACGAGAAGAAUGGCAAGAAUAUUUCGCGCAGUUGCAGGCGCACAUGUCAGUCUACAAAAUCACAGAUUUGGUCCGCGGCGGGUUCCAGCCACGCCUUCCGACUUCGCUGCCGCCCCCAGGGCAGCAGCAGCAGCCGUCGCCGCUACCACGCCGACAGCCCGUCCCGUUGAUGCCUCCCGCGCAGCUUCAUGCGGGAGCGCCACGGGUGGUCGCUCCGGCGCCUGCGGUCCCUCUUCAGUCGCCACCGCCUUCGGAGCUGAUGGACGUCGACCCCUCAGCCGGGCCGCCUUCCCAGGCGGUGGCUGUGCAGCCUGUACUGCAGCCGCUUUCCUUGGGCACCCCCAAGGAGUCUGACACCGCAGCGCCUUGUCCGGCGCCCACUCAGCAGCCGUCGACGCAGCGUCAAGAGACGCUGCCUCUCUUCGUGGGUCCCGACGCCCCGUCGCGUCCAGUACCAGACGCUGCGCCCGUGGUCACAGGAUGUCCAAAGAACACUAUUUCUCAUGUUACACUAAGAUGGAAGGUCAUUUACAUAUAA